GUGCGGGUGGCUGGUGGAGUGAGGCUUUGGUAGACACGGCUCCCAACACGUUAGCUCCUGAACCGGAGCAUCCGAAGGGCAUCUGGGCCAUGUUGCUGGGGCCCCCCUCGGGCUGGCAAGGGGACCCAGGCACCCAAAUUGGCUGAAAAUUUCUGUGUCUGUCAUUUGGCCACUGGGGACAUGCUGAGAGCCAUGGUAGCUUCAGGCUGAGAACUGGGGAAAAAGCUGAAGGCCACAAUGGAUGCUGGAAAACUGGUGAGUGAUGAAAUGGUCGUGGAGCUCAUUGAGAAGAAUUUGGAGACUCCGUGCAAAAAUGGCUUUCUUCUAGAUGGCUUCCCUCGGACUGUGAGGCAGGCUGAAAUGCUUGAUGACCUCAUGGAUAAGAGGAAAGAGAAGCUCGAUUCAGUCAUCGAGUGCAGCAUCCAGGACUCCCUGCUGAUCUGGAGAAUCACGGGAAGGCCGAUUCACCCCAAGAGUGGCUGGUCCUACCAUGAGGAAUUCAACCCUCCAAAGGAGGCCAUGAAAGAUGAUAUCACUGGGGAACCCCUGAUCCGCAGGUCAGAUGACAACGAGAAGGCCUUGAAGACCGGCCUGGAGGCCUACCACACUCAGACCACUCCGCUUGUGGAAUACUACAGGAAACGGGGCAUUCACUGCGCUAUUGAUACCUGAUGUGAUGUUUGCAAGCAUCCUGGCAGCCUUCUCCAAAGCCACAUCCUACUAGCAGAAGGCCAGGCGCGACCGCACCACUGCUCAUCUCCCCGCCGUGUGAUCCCUAUUCUUAGGUGCUGGGCAGAAGAGAAAAGGGUGCUCAUGGGAAGGAAGGAAGGAAGGAUGGAUGGUGAGGGAGGUGGGGAGGGGCUCAAAAGGAGCAUUUGGAACAGUGGCAGUGUUAUAAUUAGUAAGGUUUUUUUUUUUUUACACAUAGGUGAGAAUUUUUAAAGUAUAAGCAAGGGAAAAGAUUAAUUUUUUUUUAAAAAAACUGUGAUUGGAGGUCAUUGGUACAAAUAAGGAGACAUGGUGUUCUUUUUAAGCAAUCAGCCUCUCGUUUUCUCUGGACCAUAAAGCUAAUGCUCUUUAAGAGACCUCAGCGUCUACAUAAGAACCUCAUGGAUCUCCAGGCCAAGAACACAGCAGUCAGACUGGGCCUGUGUCCUGUGCAGAGGAGGGACUAUUGACCAGCGGUGGCCCCCAUUCCAUAAAGACUCCCCUGCACGUAUGGAAGAGAUAGGGGUGUGAGCUAAUGGGUGCUGGUCAGGAGAUCAUGUU